CUCUGAAGUAGCCCGCCUGAGCGUUCUGCAAGGCAGGCUCCCCGGCCGGGUCGCGCGCGCGGUCACGGGGCUCGCUCCCGAGCGGCAGGUCGGGGCUGGGAGCAGGCGCCGGGGUUGGGGUGGCGGCGGCGGCCUGGGCCGCGAGGUCGACGCCCGCUGCUGCAGCGGCAGAGGCUGAAGGACCCGCCGCGGCGCUGUCGCCGGAGAGAGAGGGCCCCGCUGCGGUCGGUGAAACCAGCCCAGAGAAGUUAUGGGAUUUGCCCCCUGGUCUCCUGCCCAGCAAGCCAGCGCCAUGACCCAGGUGUGGGGGAUGAUCGUGACGCCUCUCACUCACAUGUGAAGAGUCUUAUUUUGUUGCCUAGGCUGGAGUGCAUUGGUGAGAUCUUGGCUCACUGCACCCUCCAUCUCCCAGGUCUGUUGAACCACGUGGGUCUUGGAAGCCCUUUAAACAGAAGUGGGAAGUGUUCGCCGGAGGACCGUGCUCUCUCCUGUCACCUCCUGUGACUCGGGCUGGAACCUGUGGUGACCUCAGGAUUCUCCAGACACCACCACAGCCCCGUCCCCGACCAGGCGAGGCAGCAACAGCUCCAGCACAAGGUGGCUGCCCCGGUGGGGCCCUGACAUCUCCCGAAGAGGGGGUGGCCUGGGGCCUCCAGGCUAGGAGCGGGACUGGGUCUGCCUGAGCCCAGAAAGGGCUUUCUGCCUCCCAGGCCAUGAUGUGGCGCUGUCCUCUGGAAGGGGCUCUGCGCGCCAGGCCCACGCUCCUGAGACAGGUGCCUGGUGUCCUGGUGAAUCGCAUGGUUUCCAAAAAGGUCCUGGCAAGUCCCUGGGCAUCUGAGCAGAAACGAGUCUCAGCUUCCUGCCUCUUCAGCCUCAGGCAUAUCACAGAACCGAACUGCUGGACUCCAGGUUCCUUGCUGGGGGCUGAGCGUGGCCUGAGGGACAGGCCCUGGCUCCUGGGAUGCCCCUGCCCGAGCCCAGCGAGCAGGAGGGCGAGAGCGUGAAGGCCGGCCAGGAGCCAUCCCCCGAGCCAGCCACGGACGUCGUCCCGGCUGCCCCCAGGAAGUCCAGAGAGUUCCCCAAACUGGUCCUGCUCACAGCCUCCAACCAAGAUGAGGAUGGGGUGGGAUCCAAGCCCCAGGAAGUGCACUGCGUCCUGUCCCUGGAGAUGGCUGGCCCCGCCACCCUCGCCAGCACCUUGCAUAUCCUGCCAGUGGAGGAGCAGGGAGGGGUGGUCCAGCCAGCCCUGCAGAUGCCUGAACAGAAGUGCAGCAAGCUGGACACAGCCCCUCGGUCCCUGGAGUUCUUGAGGACACCAUUCGGGGGCCGCCUCCUGGUGCUGGAGUCCUUCCUGUACAAGCAGGAGAAGGCUGUGGGGGACAAGGUGUACUGGAAGUGCCGCCAGCAUGCUGAGCUGGGCUGCCGGGGCCGGGCCAUCACCCGAGGCCUGCGGGCUACAGUGAUGCGGGGCCACUGCCACGCUCCUGAUGAGCAAGGCCUGGAGGCCCGGCGCCAGAGGGAGAAGCUGCCCAGCAAGGCCCUGCCAGAGGGCUGCGGAGAGCGCAAGGGUCCUGAGGGCCCUGGAGGCCAAGUGGAGGAGCCACUGGAGGGGGUGGGCCCGUGGCAGUGCCCUGAGGAGCCGGAGCCGGAGCCACAGCCAGAGCCCACUCCUGGGCUGGGGCUGAGCAAGCCAGCCCCGGAGGAGGAGGGACCCCGAGCCCUGUCACUGCUGAGCCUGCCGCCCAAGAAGCGCUCGAUCCUGGGGCUGGGACAGGCCCGGCCCCUCGAGUUCCUGAGGACGUGCUACGGGGGCAGCUUCCUGGUACACGAGUCGUUCCUCUACAAGCGGGAGAAGGCUGUCGGGGACAAGGUGUAUUGGACCUGCCGGGACCACGCGCUGCACAGCUGCCGGAGCCGGGCCAUCACCCAGGGACAGCGGGUGACCGUGAUGCGUGGGCACUGCCACCAGCCCGAUAUGGAGGGCCUGGAAGCCCGGCGGCAGCAGGAGAAGGCCAUGGACACACUGCAGGCUGGGCAGGACGGCCCUGGGAGCCAAGUGGACACGCUGCUCCGAGGCGUGGAUAGUCUGCUGUACCGCAGGGGUCCGGGUCCCCUGACUCUCACCAGGCCUCGACCCAGAAAGCGAGCAAAGGUCGAAGACCAGGAGCUGCCCACCCAGCCCGAGGCCCUGGAAGGAUCACCAGACGAGGACCAGGACGUGGACGCAGACCCUGGAGGCCCUGAGUUCCUGAAGACGCCCCUGGGCGGCAGCUUCCUGGUGUACGAGUCCUUCCUCUACCGACGGGAGAAGGCGGCCGGGGAGAAGGUGUAUUGGACCUGCCGGGACCAGGCCCGCAUGGGCUGCCGCAGCCGCGCCAUCACCCAGGGCCGACGGGUGACUGUGAUGCGUGGUCACUGCCACCCGCCUGACCUCGGGGGCCUGGAGGCCCUGAGACAGCGGGAGAAACGCCCUAACACGGCACAGCGGGGGAGCCCAGGAGGCCCCGAGUUCCUGAAGACGCCCCUGGGGGGCAGCUUCCUGGUGUACGAGUCCUUCCUCUACCGGCGGGAGAAGGCGGCCGGGGAGAAGGUGUAUUGGACCUGCCGGGACCAGGCCCGCAUGGGCUGCCGCAGCCGCGCCAUCACCCAGGGCCGGCGGGUCAUGGUCAUGCGCAGGCACUGCCACCCACCUGACCUGGGUGGCCUGGAGGCCCUGCGGCAGCGGGAGCACUUCCCCAACCUGGCGCAGUGGGACAGCCCAGAUCCUCUCCGGCCCCUGGAGUUCCUGAGGACUUCCCUGGGGGGCAGAUUCCUGGUGCACGAGUCCUUCCUCUACAGGAAGGAGAAGGCGGCUGGGGAGAAGGUGUACUGGAUGUGCCGGGACCAGGCUCGGCUGGGCUGCCGCAGCCGCGCCAUCACCCAGGGUCACCGCAUCAUGGUCAUGCGCAGCCACUGUCACCAGCCUGACCUGGUGGGCCUGGAGGCCUUGAGGCAACGGGAGCAGCUCCCCACCACAGCCCAGCAGGAGGACCCAGAAAAGAUUCAAGUUCAGCUGUGCUUCAAGACGUGUACUCCUGAAAGCCAACCGAGUUAUGGGGACAUCAAAGACAUCAGACUGGAUGGCGAGUCCCAGUGAGGCGAUGUGGGCAGAGGAGCUCAGAGCCGCCCACCCGAGGUGGCUUCACGUCCACACAGGCACUUCCCAUCCACUUAGAUUUGCUUGGCAGAAACUUCUUUUCAUUCUUCCAAAGCAUCGAUGGUCUUCGCAUCUCCCAGGAGGAAUUCUUGAAUGGUGUCCUUGUGUCCGCGGAGAACAGUGCUCAGAGCUGGCGCUUGCAGAGGCACCUGUUGUGGGGCAGGGCGGUGGCGCCUUCCUGACUUUUGGAAGACGUGAUGAAACUGCCUGGACACGGACGCCCCUGCUGUCCGGCCACAGCACCCCUGGGUUUGCAGAGCACGCAGCCUUCCCAGGGCUUUCCACCUGGCGAGGCCCCGCUCUGUUUAGCAUGGUGCAAAGUGAAUGCCCCUGUCUUGGAGCCUGGGCACAUUUGGGGAAGUUCCUGCUUCAAACUGAGCUGCCCCGCAUAGGCCAGGUCAAGCCACACCAAUCUUUUCUGGACAGGUGCUGGGUAGGCCUUCCUGGUCUCUGGCCGCCUGCUGCCAGGGUGCGGCCAUCCCCAGCAACCCGAGCCGGGCAAACCAGAGGCCUCGUUCCGUGCUCCACACUUUCCCUUCUGUGCUCCUUCCAAGUUAAACUAAACCCCCUCUCCACGAUUCCCACGGCAGGCGUCAUUCCCGAGAUGGGAGCCAGCCCAGGGGUCACCAGGAGCCCGUGCUGGGCACACGUGCCCUGGCUGAGGCCAGCGGCAUCCUGGGUGGCCCAGGUCCAUCCUGGGCAGCAGAGGCAUGUCCCCUUCUGUCAGGCAGCUUCACAGAGUGUGGCUUCGCCAGUCAGAGGGAGCAGUCCGGAGAGGCAAGGUGACCCCACCGGGACUACAGAGCCUCCUGCUUACUAACAAGGACCUGUCCUCAGCCGCGAGGUCCUUCACUCCCACCCUGUAAUUGUGGGGGGAGUGCCAGCAACAGGCCUGUCCCCUGGCAAGUUGGCCACGGAGCCCACCAUCCACUGCAAGGCUGUGACAGCCCGGGCACCCCCGCAUCUCCUCUGCUUGUACGGUUCCCCCAAUAAAUCCUAUUUUCCAUCUCA